UUUUAGUGUUUACCAUCAAAUGGGUGAAGGAGGGGAAGUGGCGCAAAUUGGUACGUGUAAAUGGUUUAAUGUCUUGAAGGGUUAUGGUUUUAUUACACCUGACCAAGGUGGAGAUGAUGUGUUUGUCCAUCAGUCUGAGUUAAAUAUGGAUGGUUUCCGAAGUUUGGAUGCUGGUGAACGUGUUCGUUUUGUUAUCCGGAAACGGUCAGAAGGUAACGAAGCAACGGCUGUUGUAAGUGCUGAACCUGGUGGAAAACUGAAAGGAAGUUCUAUCAGACCUCUUGGAAAGAAUAAAUCACAUGUUAUAAGGUGUUUUAAAUGUGGUCAUUACGGGAAUCAUACAGCAGCCAAAUGUAAAACACCGGUAGGAACCGAGAAAGCGUGCUAUGGAUGUCACGCAACCGAUCAUUUGGUUGCUGAUUGUCCACAAAAGAUAAACUUUAAGAAUGGUAAUAAAACAAGGAAAAAUGGUGUCGAAGGAAAUGAUGCAAAUGAGAAAGUGGUGAAAGUAGAGGAUAAUGAAGAACUACAAUUGAAGACGGAAAAGGAAAAGGCUGAUUUGAACAACGACAAAGAGGAUGCCAGUAAGAACAGUAACUGUUGACUUUUUAAAUUUUUUAAUUUCCGAAAUUCUUCCGAGCUGUUUAACAUCGUAGAAGGCGUAUUACUAAAGGUUUUUUCCUUGUUUCUUCUUUGCUUAAGUCUAUUUGUGGUACACACAAAUUUUAAAAAUUUGAACGUAACAGUUGUUUUGAUUUUACGUGUCAUCGCUAAUUGCAAAUCUCUUUCAUUUUUUACUUUCUCCCGCAUUCCAUAAUAAUUACAGAGCGUUGGUUCAACUUAAUUAAGUCUAAUUUGCUCUUUUUGUUUCAAAUAUGUAAGCAGUGGUUGUUUCCUGCAACUUCUAUAUUAGUAUUUCUGGCAUUUUUAUCUCGAUAUCGUUUUCAUCUCUGCGAAUAUUCGCUCAUUAUACUAAUCGCGUUGGUUAGUAGAAGUGCCAUUUAAUUAGAAGCAUGCAGUUAUCUCUUUCAAACAGGUAUUAUUUGAUAUUAUUAUCCACUUCGAG